AUGGCAUCAUCUUCAGAAGAGCUUCAGGUUCACUGUAGUGACUUCUCAAAAUGCUCAAUUUGUUUUGAACAUUUUAAAACACCAAGGUAUUUACCGUGUUCACACUCAUUUUGUCAUGAAUGUUUGUUGAACCAUAUCGUAUCUACGAGUAAUUCUAAAGAAACUCCUGUAGGAUUCCAUUGUCCGUUGUGCCGAAACUUCAUUCCGGUGGAAAACUUUUUAAGUAAACCAAUAAAUUGGGCGAGUCAGUUCCCCGUGAAUGAAAUCCUAAACGAAGUAUCCAGAAAUCAAGAAAACGAAAAUUUUUGUGAUACAUGCAAAAGGGACGAGGAGGAAAGUGAAGCUAGUAGAUAUUGUUAUGAAUGUAAAGAGAGACUCUGUGAUAUGUGUACUAAAUACCACAGGCGUAUUUCGCUGACCAAGGACCACAAGGUUACAUCUUUAAAAGAAUUGAAGCUGUCACCUGUGAAAACCAGAAACAAAGAGCAAUGCCCUAAACAUGAAGAGAGAACAAUAGAAUUUCUUUGUUUGGAUCAUUCUGUUCCUUGCUGCACAAUGUGUAUUUGUGUUGAACAUAGAAAAUGUGACAAAAUAGAAACUGUAAAGGAGUCGGCAGAAAGAAUACGAAAGGGCGAGUUUGAUAAUCUUGUUAAAGAAUUGAUAAAACUGGAAGACGAAUUCAAGAGUACACAAAGUAAACAAGAGGAAAACAUUUCACAAAUAGAAGCCAAAACAGGGGAGGUAUUGGAAGCAUCUGAAUCUUUGUUUUCUAAAGUCAAAAAUCACAUCAAACAGCUGAAAAAUGAUUAUCUUGAUAACCUGUCUGCCAAAGCUAAAGAACAAAAACAGACUUUGAGAAAGAAUGCAGAAUCAAACGGCGACAGAAUUAAGUAUCUCAGACAGGUUAAAAAAUCACUUGAACGAUCAAAAGAAGAGUUGGAUGAUGCUACCUUUGUUUUAGAAUUCUAUAGAUGUAGUGAAAAACACAGAAAGUUGAAAGAAAACCAAAAUACAAACAGAGAUAUAUUAUUUAAAUUAACAACAUUUUUUGAAAAUAGUAUAAGAGAUUAUGAAACGGUCAACAAAUUUGGUGAUUUUGAAUUCACCGCAUUUUAUACUAAUUCCCCAAGAGAUAACAAUACGAAGACACUUGAAAAGUGUAAAUAUAAGUGUCCUUCCAAAUUAAGAAAACCUUUUGUGUGGGAUUAG